AUGGCAUAUUUCACAAUAUGUGACUAUCAAACAUUGUUCCCAUCUAUAAAACUGGAACCCUGUUUCUGCGAGUUGAGAGAUUUUCUUCUGGAAAAGGUGGAAGGCUCUUAUAAGUAUCUCCCUGAUGUGUUGGAUUUAUCACACUUGAUGGUCCACUCGUCCUUCUUCAAAUACGAAGGGGUCACCUACAUGCAAACAAGGGGUGUGCCGAUGGGCAGCCCAAUAUCAGGAAUACUUUGUGAAUUAGUGAUCAGAAAACACGAGAAUACCAUAUUACCCAAAUUUCAAGAGGAUAUAGCAUUGUCUGUCAGGUACAUCAAUGACGUACUCAUCAUAUGGAACAAGGUACCUAACAUUGAUUUGGUACUUAACUAUUUUAACGAUAACCCCUAUGGCCUGUCAUUGAAAGUUGAACAGGAGAGUCAGACAACGGUACAUUUUUUGGAUAUUACCAUCAAAAUGGAGCAAGGUCAUCUUUCCACCUGUGUGUUCCGUAAGGAGUCAUAUACACCUCUAUUUAUACAUAACAGCUCACAUGACCCUUACUCUUACAAAGUCUAUGCUUUUCUAGCUUUGGUAAAAAGGGUGCACACACAUUGUUUGGAGCAAAAGGAAAAAGAAAACAAAUUGUUGAGGAUCAAAAAUGCCCUUGCAAUGCAACAGGGAUACCCGUCCUCUUUGGUCAAGCAUCUCAUAAACCAAUACAUAAAUAGGAGGGAGAGGAAUAUGCCACAAGACGAACAGAUGAGGGUUAUCACGAACAACAAAAUAUUUUCUAAUAUAUAUAGAGAUUGCAAGGACUACUAA